UUAAUGAAUAUUGAAGAUGUAUGAUUAAAGUUGUAUUUUCCAAAAUGGCGUCAACAGCGUCUCAAUGCACACAUCACUGGUGACACCAGCAUCAAUAAACUAUUCUAUUAAAUCCUUUUUAAUGGAUUUAAAAAUUAUUUUACAGGAAGAUUGAAAGGUGUAUCUCGAAUUACACAUCUAAAUUAUUUACAAGAAAAAAAGAAAUAGAAUUUAUUAGUAAAUGAAUAACUCAUAGUGUGGAGAGAAACUCACCUGGUUCUGGUUAAGAUGGCCGCUCAGUCUUCUGAACUUUGACCCUGGAAGCACUUAUCCACAUCUUUUUGUGAUUUCAGGAUUUUUUUAAAUAGCAAACAAUGAUAAUGACACGCAAUGAAGUGACAGAGGUUCUUUUUUUGUGAUCAAUAUUUUUAUUUACAGAAAAUAGGGAGAAGGGAACAAUCAAACAUCAAACAGAGGACCGAAAGGACUUUAUCAGAGAACAGUCUCAAAACAUAUGCAUUACGACACACAGCCCCUUCUGUCCUGUCCACACUACACACUCAGAACAGUACUGAAUACACACCGAGCGCUGUGGGAUUCUACAGCCAGUCUAAACUGUGUGUUGAAUAAACCUGAGUGUCUGUGUACACAGCUCUGUUUGGAUUCACCAUGAUUGAACAGGACCCAGACCUGACAGCUGUAGUGCAGGAACUGUGGGACAACGAUAUCAAUCGCCUGAGACCCGGGACAGACUACCGCAUAUCUCUGCAAGGUAAAGCAGCUUCUCUGUCAAACUUCAGUGAUGGGAAGGAAGCAGCUGGAUCUCCUUUGUUCACAUAUGUGGAUGAAACCAUUUUUAAAAAAGAAACGUUCUCGGCCUUCAUUUCACUUCUGGACAAUUAUGAGAGUGAUACUGGUGUACCAGAGGUCGUGACCCCGGAGGAGGAGGCGGAGAAUCACAGGUUUCUGGACUCCAUACUGAAGACUCCUGUAAUGAAGAUUGUCCAUAAGUAUCUUGUAGAAAAGAAUCUCUCUCCAGUCGACAUGUCAGAGUUUAAGGAGCAGCUGCGCCACAUCUGGUUCGAGCUGUACGCCAGGAGAGGGUCCAGCAGACCAGACUCGUCAGGGUUCGAGCAUGUCUUCGUAGGUGAAACUAGAGGUGGACAUACUGUUAUCGGUUUCCACAACUGGAUUCAGUUGUACUUGCAAGAGAAGCUCGGCCAUAUCGACUACAAAGGCUACAGUGUGAAAGCGAAUUCCCCAGAACCUGACGAGAACAAACACAUCUUAGCUCUUCAGUUUAGCUGGAAAAACGGGAUCAAGCCCAGAGGGAGCAUCUUCGUUGGUGUGAGCCCGGAGUUUGAGUUCGCCCUGUACACGCUGUGUUUCAUCACCUCUCCUAACGAGCGCGUCAGAGUGUCUUUCGGUCUUUACGACGUGGAGAUCGUGUGCCAUCACUACAACCAGAAGCACAUAGGAACAACUUACCCGGUCCUCAUCAGAUACCAGGAUGUACAAUGAGCAGGAAGGGCCUCCGGAGUUUACAGCUAUUACUGCUUUUAUAUUUUAAUCUCUAAUGAAAAUAAAACCAAUAAACACUGCAGAAUCAUUUAUA